AUGGCACCACCAACCUCUAUGGCCUACGUCGAAGCCAAGGCACGAAUAAAUCGCAUUACCAAACGGAUGACCACCUUCCUGCAAGCUUCAGCCGACUAUAACCAAGACCGUUCCAGUGUGGGCAAACGCGCAAAGCUUUCCCAGAUGUUUUUGGAACUAAAUACUCUUCGCGAAAAUGUGGAGAACGACAUACAACUCAUGGAAGCAGCUGUAGCCAACAACACAGCUCCCACAGACGUCACAGACCACACAGGUACGGAGACACUCAGUGCUUUAUUCGAUACGUUAUAUUACGAUCUCGCAGCCUUCGCCGAAGUGCAUCAGAUAUCGAUGACAAAAACAAAUACGCACAAUGAAUCUAAUAUGAUAAAUAAAUCAUGCUUCGGGAACAUAUCGGCAUUUCAAAUGCCCAAACGAAAGUUUCCAACUUUUUCCGGUGCUAUAACGGAGUGGCAAAGUUUCGAUGAUUUAUCCAACUCCAUAUUAUCACAUGCUCCUGACUUAACAGACGUUGAACGGUUUGAAUACUUGAAAACUGCACUCCAGGACGAACCAUUGUCAUUGAUCGCUCAUCUUUCGUUAACAACCGACAACUAUGCAAGUGCGUGGGAUAUAUUACGUGCCAGAUAUGGUAACAAACGAGACGUCGCUCGUAUCCACCUCGACGCGUUAUUAACAUCGCACCCGGUAAAGAUUGACGACGCCACUUCAAUCAAAACCCUCAUUAACGUUAUUCUCGAACACACAUCAGCACUGAACAACUUAAAUUUUGUUACCCGGCAAUGGAGUCCAAUCCUGGUACACAUUUUUGAAAAACAAAUGGAUUACGAGCUUCGUUCCCGUUGGGAGUUACACGUCGGAGAUACUGUAUCACCAACUCUAAACGAAUUUAUUGACUUUCUCCGAAAUCACAUCAGGUCAGCUGGAAUCCGUGCAGAAAGUAGUUCAACAUCAAAAACUAGACACGGAAAAUCAGAGACCAAAAAAUCAAAUACACGUGCCUCUACUACUCCACGAGUCUUUACUACGGUAAUAAGUCCUGAACCAUGUCCAGUUUGCAAGGAAACACACAAAAUCAAACAAUGUCCAACGUUCAUCGCUAAAACGUCUAGCGAACGGUAUCAAAUGGUAAAAGAACAUCGUCUAUGUCUUAACUGUUUAUUAUCGAACCACAGUACAGCGUUUUGCAAAUCAAAAUUCACCUGCCGUACGUGCGGUCAGAAACAUCAUUCGAUGCUUCAUUUCACCAAACCGGUACCGACUAGCACUUCCACCGUAAGUACUCCAGUAUCAACAAGUAAUCUGGAACCAACGAUAACCACGUGCCUAGUAUCCCGUCCACAAAGUCAUUCCGUGCUGUUAGCGACAAUGUUACUAAAAGCAAAGGCAUCAAAUGGAUCUUCUCAUACUUUGCGCGCACUCGUCGACACCGGGUCAGAAGCCAGUUUUGUCACCGCACGCUGCGCUGACAAAUUAUCACUCCAACGUCGACGAUGUACGUCACAAGUACGUCCUUUCGCUGGGUCAACAAUUAAUAUUGUUUCCGGAAUUGUUACGAUCACUCUAUCUGCCGUGUCCACAAGUGAACCAACUGUGACCGUCAACACCAUGGUCGUUCCGAAAAUCGUAGAUCAACUUCCACAUCUCCGUUUGUCGUCAGACACAUGGCAACACUUAACGGACCUACCAUUAGCUGAUCCAACGUACAACACACCUGGUCCAAUCGAUGUCUUACUCGGUGCAGACAUCGUACCAUCCAUCAUGACGGGCCACCGAGUGACCGGUAAAAUCACUCAACCCAGUGCAUUUAAUACCAUAUUUGGUUGGAUAGUCAUGGGACCAGCUGAUCAAAUACCAGCACCCGCCGUGACGACAUUGACUGUUCAAUCUAAUACUGAGUUGGAAUCCGCACUAACCCGCUUUUGGAAACUCGAGGAACCAUCACUACCAUUGUCAACAAUUGAUGACACUGACCCAGCAGAACAGAUUUUUACGAAGUCACUGUUGCAUUCAAACAUAUUGGCAAUGACACAAAAAUUACAAAGGAUCAAAUCCUGGAUGAAAACUUCCUAA